UCCUAGCAGGAACCCAUGAGUAAGCUGUGGCGGCGCGGGAGCACCUCCGGGGCUAUGGAGGCCCCUGAGCCAGGUAAGCGCGGGUCCAUAAAGCCACUUAGGCCUUUGCAGGAAAGGAGUUCCUUUCUCGCUUCUCGGGGCCUUCAAGGGGAAGCGCUGGAGUUGAGCCUGGCGGGUGCCCACGGCCACGGAGUGCACAAGAAGAAGCACAAGAAGCACAAAAAGAAACACAAGAAGAAACACCAUCAGGAAGAGGAAGCUGGGCCCACGCAGCCGUCUCCUGCAAAGCCCCAGCUCAAACUCAAGAUCAAGCUGGGUGGGCAGGUCCUGGGCACCAAGAGUGUUCCUACCUUCACUGUGAUCCCCGAGGGCCCUCGGUCCCCCUCUCCCCUUAUGGUCGUGGACAAUGAAGAGGAACCAAUGGAAGGCGUCCCCCUUGAGCAGUACCGUGCCUGGCUGGAUGAAGAUAGUAAUUUGUCCCCCUCCCCACUUCGAGAUCUGUCGGGGGACUUAGGGGGUCAGGAGGAAGAGGAGGAACAGAGGUGGCUGGAUGCCCUGGAGAAGGGGGAGCUAGAUGACAAUGGAGAUCUCAAGAAGGAGAUCAACGAACGGCUGCUCACUGCUCGACAGCGAGCUCUGCUCCAGAAGGCGCAGAGCCAGCCUUCCCCGCUGCUGCCGCUGCCUGUGGCUGCGGGCUGCCCGGCCCCCGCCCUCACCGAGGAGAUGCUGCUGAAGCGCGAGGAGCGGGCUCGUAAGAGGCGGCUGCAGGCGGCGCGGCGGGCGGAGGAGCACAAGAACCAGACCAUCGAGCGCCUCACGAAGACGGCAGCGCCCAGCGGGCGCGGGGGCCGCGGGGCCGCGAGGGGGGAGCGGCGGGGAGGGCGGGCCGCGGCCCCGGCCCCCAUGGUGCGCUACAGCAGCGGGGCCCAGGGUUCCACCCUUUCCUUCCCGCCCGGCGUCCCCACACCCGCACCGGUGUCUCAGCGGCCGCCUCCGCCCGGCCCUCCUCCGCGGUGCUCGGUCCCUGGCUGUCCGCACCCGCGCCGCUACGCCUGCUCCCGCACAGGCCAGGCCCUCUGCAGCCUCCAGUGCUACCGCAUCAACUUGCAGCUGCGGCUGGGGAGACCCGAAGGGCCCGGGUCCCCCCUUCUGGCUACGUAAGGCCCUUUCCCAGGACUCUGAACCCUCUCCCCUGCCCGGAUCCAGUGUCUUCCUUAUUAAAUUGUAUCCCGUGCCUCGA